AUGUCGAGCGCGUCCCCAAGCACGCUGCGGCAACGAACUGCGACAUCCGCGGCAAAGGAGCCUACGCCAAACACAACUCUGAGCUCAGGCGCCGAUGAGCCUGUUAAAGCAACCCAGGAUGAAGUGGUAUGGGGAAAAACUCCCAGUGGCGAAGUAUUUCGUGUUCCUGUGACAUAUGACGUCCUGACAUUGUUCCAUCCAUCGUAUCCUAAAUCGCAUCUGGAUAUCUUUAACCUGAGUCUUUUGGGCUUGCAACUUGUUCUUUUUGCAUUGCUACCCCAAUCCGUCUCGAGGGUCUUCUUUGUUCUCUACUUCGCGUUCUGGAGAGCUGCAUAUGAUGCUGGCCUUGGCUGGGUCUUGACGCAACAAAGCAAGAAGAAAUGGAUUGUCAGACAAAUCCAGAAGCUGGGUUGGCUGGACGAGAAACGCUGCCCCAAGAUGCGAGCAUGGAUCAGAGACCAACUAAAAGGCAAGAUGGGGAAAGACUACUCUUUCGACGAACUUCCCCUCGAGUAUAACACCUGGCUACUUUUCCGCCAAUUGGUAGAUGUCAUCUUGCUCAAUGAUUUCUUAGCGUACUGCAUGUUUGCGUUUACGUGUUUUCGCGUCCCUCAAGGGUUGUCGUUGGGCGUUCACGUAUUAAGAUGGCUAGGAGGCAUUGCCCUUAUUCUGUUCAAUCUUUGGGUCAAAACAGAGGCUCACGACGUCGUCAAGGAUUACGGAUGGUACUGGGGUGAUGUAUUCUUCCAGCGUGGCGCCCUCGUCUUCAACGGCGUAUUUGAAUUGGCACCCCAUCCAAUGUAUUCAGUUGGUUAUGCCGGCUAUUAUGGUCUCUCCCUCUUAUCUGGCUCGUACGCUGUCUUGUUUGUGAGCCUUGCUGCACACGCAGCUCAAUUUGGCUUUUUGGUCACCUUCGAGAACCCUCGGAAGAUAGCCAAGGGCCAAAUCUUCAUGCAGUCAUCUUCCAACAGCGGUGCUUCAACUCCCGGAGACGGACCAGCGACUCUUCUGUCUGGUGGCAGGAAGGUGCUUUCACAGCAUGACUUACUUAACAGGUACUUCCGCAGAGAUGCCGUGGUCUUCUACAAUGUAGAUGUCUUCCGUGCCAAUGACUUCAUGUUUGCGCUGCUUAUCGUGUAUUCCGUCCUAUUCGCCCUCCUGCCCUUCUCAAGGAUGACAAAUUCGAUGGUGCUGGCGCUACAUUCGACCCACGCGUUCAUCUGGUGUAUCUUCCAUUGCUUUGGUUUGGGUUCUGUAUUGAAGGCGCAGAGCGAGAGGAAAUUCCUUGUCAAGCACUUUUUGCGCAACUAUCAUUACGACAACGUUCACAGCAACGGCGCCAGGGGGAGAGGUCGGACGGACGCUAUUGCGGAAGCCUUCUCCAACUGGAAAGCUGUCUACAACUUGAGUAUGUGUAUGACAAACGUGACCUUCAUGAGUGUUGUUUGGAAGACAUACUCAAUCCCACACGACUGGACAGUGGGAAGCGAGCUGCUCAGACAUACUAUUGGCGUCAUCCUUUGUGGCCUGCAUGUGUGGUCAACAAGGGAAUCGUUUGAGGUCCUCGGUGUUUUCGGCUGGUUCUUUGGGGAUUUCUUUAUGGAGGAGUUCCCUACCAACCUGGAAUAUACUGGGAUUUACAGGUACUUGAAUAAUCCCGAGGUCAUGGGAGGCGCUGCAUGGUUCGGCGGAGCGCUCAUCAGUGGAAGUAAACUGGUCUUAUCGCUCGCUGUCAUGAGGCACCUUUCCCACUGGUGGUUCUUGAGUUACGUGGAAAAUCCGCACAUGCGUAAGCUAUACGGAGACUCGCUCCGUAAAGAUGCUGGAUUCGUCAAAGUAAUGAAGACUGUCGCCAGUCGAAAUGCCCAGUUAUUGGAGUCGCGCGCCGGGAAACACGCACCUGAGCUACGCCGCGUAGCUAAGGAGGUUAAGGGCACCUUCGAUAAAGUUUUUGAAGAAACCGCCGAAGCAGUUGAAGACUUCUUGGCGAAGUCUCGGCCACGGAUUUCUGAAGUAGUUCAAGAUACGAAAGUCUUACUCCAACAGUCCAGAGAGCGCCUCGUUAUAACUCGCAUUUCAAGCGAUAUAUCGUCGUAUGACACCACAAAAUAUAGACUUUCCAUCAUUCCUCACUCCCCGGAUGAAUCUCUCCGUUUCCAUAUAGGUGAACCGAUCAAAGUAAAAUGGCAGGCUCCUUCCGUACACUCGCGGCGUGAUUGGAUCGGAAUUUAUAGGGUGGGUGCCAACAAGUCAAAGCUAGUAACGAAGACCUCUUCAAUGGGGAUGUGGGUCCCUGUCCACGACGAUGAAUGGGACGGCGACAUACCCUUGGGCCGUGAUAAGCCCAUUGCGCCACAGCAUGAAAGCGAAACGGGGGUGGUUGUCUUUAAAGGUGACGCACUGCCUUGGCAAGUUGGAAAAUACGAGGUGAGAUAUCACCACGACGGCAAAUAUAAUGUGAUGGGCAUCGACGGACCGUUCGAAAUUUACGCGAAUGCGCCCGCCACACUCGACUUCGCCUCAGUCAGGGAAUGCCUCAUGCAGAUCGUGCCUCUCUGUCUCGAUUCUGACCCUUCCCUGAUUCCGCUGUCUUGCAAAGCUCCUCCGACGUCGGGAACUGAAGCGUCGCUUUCUUCGGAGUAUCAAGGGGCUCGUGACCCAGAUGACUUCAGUUUCUGGUCGGAGCGUCAAGCAAAACGAAUCAGUGCUGUCAUAAAGCAGACCUUUGACGAGGAGUAUGCACCGGAGGUGAUUGUCGCCGACGCGAACUUGACCACUCUGGCACAUCGGAUCUUACUUUCCAAGGAGAUCUCCUCUUAG